AUGGAUCAUUUAGGAGUGAAUCAACAGUCCAGAAGAAGGAGAGCUCUUUCGGUUAAUACCUAUACAAAGGCCCAACAACAUACAAUGUCUAAUUCAUUGGACAAUUUGGAUAUGGAUUUGGCCCAGGUCCAAUCGCAAUGGCAUAGAAUUAUCUCAAAUGAUUCAAAUCCUUUAGAAUUAGCAUUGAAAUUUUUAGAUGAAACUUCUGUGGGGUUGGGGCAUAGAUAUACAGAAUUUAAUCAAUUAAAGAAACAAAUUGGUUCUGAUCUACAAGCUGCAGUCAAUGAACAUUAUCAAGCCUUCAAUAGUAAUGUAGCAUCGUAUAGUGUUGCUGUUGAUUCCAUUACUGUAGCUCAGAAUAAUGUUUAUAAUGUUAAGAAAUCUGCAAGUGAGGCAAAUAAAAAAAUUACUACCCAAAAGGGUUCAUUACAAGAAUUGAAUGAAAAUACUAUGAAACACACUCAGAUGAUCGAUAUAUUAUCUGCAAUUGAAGGUUUACUCACAAUUCCGGAAAAAAUUGAUGAUCAUGUAAGAAGAGAAGAGUAUAGAGAAGCACAAAGGUUACUUGAACAAAGUCUUCUUCUUGCAAAUAAUCAUAAUCUGUGGUCAAUGCCAUCAUUAUUACCAAUUAAGCAACAAUUAGAAGUCAGUGAGCAUAAUUUGUUCCAAAAUAUGAUUGAAGAAAUUCAUGAUAUAGUCUACUCUAAGAACUCUGUAGAUAUCCUGAGUAAAAAUCUUUUGGGAAAUUUUGAUAUUUCAAAUUCUGGAUUCACUAGUUUAGAAAGUUAUUUAUACAAUGUCGUCAGUGUCGAUAUUAUUCAACAAUCUGAAAAUAUAAAUUUCAAACUAGAAAAGGCAAUAAAACAAAUAAAGAGCAUAAACCCAACUCAUUUAAAGUCUACACAAAUAUUGAUAGAAGAAUCAUCGGAUUAUGAUAAACUUUUUAACUUUUUAUGCUUGAUAAAUGAUCUUAAUAAGUUACCGCUGGCAAUGAAUAUUUUAUUGGAUAGAUCAAAGAAAGAAUUACACAGUAUUGUUAUAAACAGUAGUGAAGAAUUGCAUUCCAAAUACCCAUCUUUGUUAAAAAUGACAUCUUCUGUCUCCUUCGAGAGUGAUUUUGGUAUAUCUAUGAAAAAUACCCUUUCUAUAAUCAUGAGAGAAUGGUUUUGGAAAAUAUUUAUCAAACUACUAAUUGCAAUUCAAAGACAUAGAAUUAUUUAUGAGUGCGUAGCAUCUUUACAAUUAAGUACAUCUGCGAACGUAUCAUAUAGGUUUGAUAAGAUAUGGACAAAAUGGCUAAACGAAGUAAAACUAUUAUUGGAAAAGUAUUUAAACAAUCCGACAAUUUCCAAUACAAAUUCAAUUCGUAGAAGAGGUAUGAGUGUAAAUUCAAAUCAUUCUAAAACCAAUAUGCAGCUUUUCUCUUUACAAAAUAAUUUAGAUGGAAGUACAAUAGCAAAAGAACAUUCUCAUGAAUUGAAGUCAUUACUAAAGGAUAUAUUUCCGGGGUUUUCAGUGCCUGGUAAUGUAGAUCUAUCAUCAGUUUAUAUUGAUGAAGAAUCCUUUGAAGAAGAAGAAGCAUUGAUACAACCAUCUGUAUUUAAUAUGAAAAUGAUGUUGGAACCAUGUUUAUUAUUAUUCCAAGCUACUUCAAAUAUUCUUCCUAAUGAAAUGUUAGAAUAUUCUAUUCCUUCAAUGAAAUUCUUAGUUGAUUACAUGGAUAAAAAAUUCUUUCCAAGGGUAGAAAUGACUCUAAAUUACCUUUUCGAGACUAAAUUUUUAAUGAAUAGCAAUUACACAUUUGAAUUGAACGAAGAUAAUCAAAACGUAUUUAAAUCAGCUAUCGAUUUUCGUAAUUUCUUCUUCAAUAUAUUGUUUGUUAUGCAUACAACAUAUUCAUAUAGAAACAAGAUUUGUUCUGCAAUUAUUAAUUUAUUAUCGAAAUAUCAAAAAAAUUGCCAAGAUAUCUUCCAAAAGUUACUUGGGGUUACCAAUGACGAUUUUAAUAGAAAAGUAGUUGGCAUUUGGUUAAACAAUAAAGAAUUGAUGGGAAUUGAGGAAGAAUUUUUAAAGGAUGAAACUCAAUCUCUUUCAUCACAGGAAUCUGCUUUGUUAUUUAAUGUCAGUAAUCAAACUUUGAAUAAUGGCAAAGGAAUAGAGAAAUCGGAUAUAUUGAACAACGUGGAUUUGGAUGCUGUUUUGCAUUUCCUGAAUUCUGUAAUGUGGAUAAAUGAAUGGCUGCCAAAAUUAAGAAAGGUCAUUCCUGUAGAUGAAAAUUCUCAAAUAGAAAAAAUUGAUGCUGAGAAAUUAAGAAGUGAGUGGUCGUUGUAUGAGUCCGUAGAGUUGUCUACAAUUGUAAGAUCCAGUACCAUCAGGCUUUCAAUGGAUGAGAAAACCGCUACUAUCUUUGACAAAAUUACGGAUGACUUCAAAAUGUUACAGUAUAAACUAUUAACAGCAUUAAGAUUCGAUCUAAGAAUACGAUGCAUUUAUUAUAUCAACAAAUUGUUCCAAACGAGCAAAGAUUGGAAUCCUGAUGUUGGUAGCACUGAAUUAGAUCAAAAUAUAGCAUUAUUAAUAUCCGAUAUUAGAAUGUUUGAAAGUAAGUUGAAAAAUAAUGUACCUGAAGACACUAGAGAACAAAUAUUUAGAGGCAUUGAUAGUAUUAACAAUUUCAGCUUUAUCAAUGGGGCAAAGUCAAUCUCCAUGAUAAAUCAAAAUGGUAUCAAGAAAAUGUCAAGAAAUAUCAAUUAUUUACAAAAUGCUUGUAGAAAUGUAUUUGGAAACCCAUCUACUGUAGAUAUGAGUGGUUCGUUGUGUUUUUACACGUUAUGCGGUUCCACCGAAGCGGAGUUGUUUAAAGCUAUUGAAGGUAAGCAACUAGAGUUUUGUAAUAAAGAUGAUUUAAAGACAAUAUUAAGAUUAAUUUAUGGAGAGGAACUGCAGAAGAAAGUCAAAGUUCACAAUAGUACUCAUAGGAGAAUAUCAUCGCUACCAGGUACAAAGAGAUUCGAUGAAGCCAACAAAAAGAUAGAUGAUUUGAAGAUAAAAGCUUGA